CAAUAGUCAAUACUAGUGGCAGUAAUAGUACUCAUAGGUAGUGGUAAGAGUAGUAGUUCAAAUACUUAGUGGAGCUCCCCCUGCUGGCCUUUACAUAGAAUGCAGGUUUUAAGACAUUUACUUCACUUUUCAGACCCGGAAACUGACAGAGAGAGAGAGAGAGAGAGGGAGAGACAGGGAGAGACAGACAGAGAGAGAUAGAGACGGAGAGAGAGACAGGGAGACAGAGAGAGAAAGAGAGAGACAGAGAGAGAGAGAGAGAGAGAGAGAGACAGGGAGAGACAGAGAGAGACAUGGAGAGAGAGAGAGAGAGAGAGAGAGAGACAGGGAGAGAGAGAGAGACAGAGAGAGAGAGAGAGAGAGAGAGGCUUAAACAUUUCCAAUUUGUACUAGAACCAAUAAUUCUAUAUGGCAGCGAAAUUCGGGGACCAAAACUAAAUAAUGAAUUUGACAAAUGGGACAAAACAAUCAUAGAAUCUUUCCACACCGAGUUCUGUAAGAGCAUCCUGCAGGUGCAGAGAAAAACACCAAAUAAUCUGUGCAGAGCAGAACUCGGCCAAUACCCCCUCCUACUAAAAAUACAGAAAAGAUCAAUUCAAUUUUACAAUCACUUAAAAUCAGUUAACCCCCAGACAUACCAUCACAAAGCCCUAACAUACCAGGAGCUGAAACCAGAGAAGAGUCCCCUCAGCCAGCUGGUCCUGAGGCUCUCUGCAGUAACAUGUCCCCAACAGCCUCAGGACAGCAACACCAACUCAAUCAGACCAAACCAAAUUAUCAACAAGCAAAAAGAAAAAUAUAUUGAAUACUGGAAAGAAACGACCAAAACACAAAGUAAAUUACAAUGUUAUCUGACCCUAAAAAGAGAAUUCACACUGGCAAAUUACCUGAUCACAAUAAAAUGUCCUGAACUAAGAAAAAUGUUGACAGUGUACAGACUGAGUGAACACAGCCUGGCCAUAGAAACGGGUCGCCACAGACAGAACUGGCUACCAGAAGAGGAGAGACUCUGCUCCCAGUGUGACAGAGGACAGGUAGAGACAGAGCUGCACUUUCUAACCUCAUGCCCUCAAUUCAAAACUUUAAGAGAAAAACAAUUCGCAAACAUUUCCCAAAUAUACCCCGAAUUCGAAUUAUUAUCAGACACACAGAAACUCCCCUAUUUACUGGGAGAAAUGCCCAAAAGUCAAAUUAUUGCAGCAAAAUAUGUCUCCUCAUGCCACGAAGUGAGGACAACCAGUGGAAACUCAGAUAAAUGUAUAAAAUAAUUGAUUGUUUUAGUUGUUUUUUAAUAUAUACACACACACACACACACACACUCACACUCACACACACACACAUAGUUACAGUAUUACCAACAGUAUAGAUUAUAAUUAAUUUAUUGUAAAUAUUGUUUUCCUUUAUUGUUAUUAUUAUUAUUUUUAAUUCCAAACCGUUGCUUUGGCAAUAUGUACAGUGUUACGUCAUGCCGAUAAAGCCAUUUGAAUUGAAUGGACUUGACAGAGAGACAGAGACAGAGAGAGGAGCUCAGUGCAUCAUGGGAAAUCCCCCAAUAGUCUAGGCCUAUAGCAGCAUAACUAAGAGGCAUUGAUUUAUUUAUUGUAAAGUCGUGGUUGCGCUCUGCAUCCCUAUGCACCAUGUAACUUUAACUUGACAUCUAUCACUCUAGCCUCCUGGCUGUCAUCCAGGUAUGCUGUGAACAGUAUGCCUUUUUAUCUGCCUGCGCCAAGUGUGAUCCUGUGUGGGAAACCGUAUAUGUAUUGGAGCCCUUGUGUUGUAUAUGUAUUUACAUGUUCUGUGUCCUUUUUUUCUGACUUUGUUGAUGUCUUGAGCACACUGAAGCAAAUCCCUAGCAACUUGCACCGAGUUGUAUGGCAAUAAAGUAUUGAAUCUUGAAUCUUGAAUCUAAGGGAUGGUUCAGGACUCACCUGAUCCAGCCCUAACUAUAAACUUUAUCAAAGAGGAAUGUCUUAAGCCUACUCUUGAAUGUGGUGAGGGUGUCUGCCUCCCGAACCACAACUGGAAGCUGGUUCCACAGGAGAGGAGCUUGGUAACUGAAGGCUCUGGCUCCUGUUCUACUUUUAGAGACUAUAGGAACCACAAGUAGCCCAGCAUUCAGAGAACGUAGUGUUCUAGAGGGGUAAUAGGGUACUAUGAGCUCUUUAAGAUAUGAAGGGGCCUGACCAUGAAGAGCUUUAUAGGUGAGGAGGAGGAUUUUAAAUUCUAUUCUACAUUUUACAGGGAGCCAAUGCAGAGAAGCUAGUACAGGAGAGAUGUGAUCUCUUUUUCUAGUUCCUGUCAGUACUCGUGCUGCAGCGUUCUGAAUUAAUUGGAGCGUUUUAAUGGACUUAUUGGGGCAACCUGAUAAUAAAGAGUUGCAGUAAUCCAGCCUUGAAGUACCAAAUGCAUGGAUUAGUUUUUCUGCAUCUGUCUGUGAUAGUAUGUGUCUAAUUUUUCUAAUAUUACGUAAAUGAAAGAAGGCGGUCCUAGAGGUCUGCUUUAUGUUGGAAUUAAAUGACAAAUCCUGAUCAAAGAUAACUCUAAGAUUCCUGACAGUGGUGCUAGAGGCCAAGGUAAUGCCAUCUAGAGUAACUAUAUCUUUAGACAAUGAGUCUCUAAGGUUUUUGGGGCCAAGAACAAGAAUUUCGUUUUUUUCUGAGUUUAACAUCAGAAAAUUGCAGCUCAUCCAGGAUUUUAUGUCCUUAAGACAUGUUUGUAAUUUAGAUAAUUGAUUAAUUUCAUCGGGCUUGAUUGAUAGAUAUAACUGCAUAUCAUCUGCAUAACAGUGAAAGUUAAUGGAGUGAUUCCUAAAAAAAUUGCCUAAAGGGAGCAUAUAUAAAGUAAAUAGUAUUGGUCCAAGUACAGAACCUUGUGGAACUCCAUGACUAACUGUAGUAUUUAUUGAAGAUUCAUCAAUAACAUGUACAAACUGCGAACAAUCUGAUAAAUUUGACUUAAACCAGCUUAGUGCGGUUCCUUUAAUGCCAAUUUGAUGCUCAAGUCUCUGUAAAAGAAUAUUAUGGUCAGUGGUGUCAAAUGCAGCACUAAGAUCUAAUAAUACAAGUACAGAGACAAGUCCAUUGUCUGAAGCAAUCAAAAGGUCAUUAUUAACUUUAACCAGAGCUGUCUCUGUGCUGUGAUGAACUCUAAAUCCUGACUGAAAAUCCUCAAACUAUUGUUAUGUAGAAAUUCACACAACUCUUUUGUGACUACUUUCUCCAGAAUCUUAGAGAGGAAGGGGAGGUUAGAGAUCGGUCUAUAGUUGGCUAAAACCCUUGGGUCAAGAGUGUCAUUGCAGGGAAGUGAUCAUCAAUGUUUGGCUGACGGUGUCCGUUACAGUGAGCUGAUAACAAGGAAAGCUCAGCCCGUGUCAACUCACACCUCCAGGUGUUGAGCAGUUGGGUUAUGAACCUGACAGACCUGACUCCCACACCAGAGGCCAGAGCUGCAGCGUUGAUCAGUCGUGGUCCGCAUAGUUGCACCGCGUGUCCCAGGGUGAUGACCCCCACCGAGCGAAGCAGCUGCAGCACAGAAGGUCCUGUUGUGCGCUCUACAUUGAAGCACCACUGGCUCUUUCAAAAGCCAAAACAAGGAAACAUAGUUGGCCAGACUCUGCUUGUUGAACAACCCCCACACAGUAAACAGUCCAUUAUAAAACUUUGGAAGGUUGCAAGGUUUGUGAGCGCUCAGGUCCAUCAGAAACAGAGGCUCAGCGAGACCCAAACCUCCAGCCCGUCUCAGUAUGGCUCGGGCUAUGGGCCUCCAGACAAGGUCUGCUGGACCGGUGAGGAACCUCUGGAUGAACCAGAGUCAGAAAGCAGCGCCCCUGCUGGCCAGGUGAAUGAGCCCCUGUCCUCCGUCCUCCUUGGGCAGAAGCAGCACGCUCUGUGGGACCCAGUGCAGACAGUCUCAGAAGAAAUCGACCAACACCGCUUGUAUGCUGGCCAGGAGACGCGCCGGGGGGUUCACACAUGCCAGUCGGUGCCACAGCAUGGCAGAUACCAAGUUGUUUAUCACUAAAAUACGCCCUUUAAAGGACAUAUGUGGUAAAAUCCAUUUCCACUGUUUGAGUCGUCCCUCAACCGUCUCUAGAACAUGGUCCCAGUUCUUGCACUUAAAAGAAUCAUCACCGAGAUAGACACCAAGAUAUUUAAAACCUCCCUUGUUCCAUGUUAACCCCCCAGGCAAAAUGAGCUGCCUGCUUAACCCAUCACUAACUGCUAAGGCUUCACUUUAGCUAACUUUAGCAGAGUUAACUUUAGCAGAGGAUAAUGUACCAAACACAUUAGCAGUUUCGCCAAGGACAUCAAUAUCGUCUUGUUUUUUUACAAUGACAACAACGUCAUCAGCAUAAGCAGACAAUUUAAAAGCUUGUUGACAUCCAGGGAGAUUUAUACCUGAAAGACGCUGUCUCAGUUUGUGUAGGAGAGGCUCUAUUGCCAUGGAGUAGAGCAUGCCAGAUAGGGAACAGCCUUGUCUGACCCCCCUCUGAACCUUAAAAGGAGUGCUUAACCCACCGUUAAUCUUUAGUACACUCUCAAUGUCACUGUACAAGACUUGGAUCUUGGCUAUGAGACCAGAGUUGAACCCAAAAGCGUUCAGUGUCUGCCACAAGUACUGAUGUUCAAUUCGGUCAAAAGCCUUUUCUUGAUCUAUAGAAAUCAGACCAAGGUCACAGCCCAAUGAACUGGAGAGGUCCAAAAUGUCCCGAUUAGAGAAAUAUUGUCAGAUAUCAGCCUGCUGGGUACACAAUAGGUUUGGUCAAUGUGAAUGAUAUACUCCAUCACUUUUCUCAGCCUCGUGGCCAACACCUUGGACAAGGUUUUAUAGUCCGUGCAGAGCAGAGCUACUGGCCGCCAGUUCUUUAUCAGCUGUAGAUCCCCUUUUUUGGGGAGGGGGGUGAGGAACCGCUCUCCUGCAGCUCAGAGGUAACCGUCCUUUGUUAAAACUGUCUCUGAGAACAAGUAACAAAUCCUGGCCAAUUACAGGCCAGAAAACAAAAAAAAAAUCUGCAGGAAGACCAUCAAUCCCUGGAGCUUUCCCGCUAUUCAGGCUCUGCAGCACCGCAGCUAGUUCAUCCGCAGAGAUCUGUGCGUCCAGCUCAGCGUUGGGCUCCACGGGAACCUUGGGUAGACCCUCAUAGAAAGACUUCGCCACCUCCGGUCUCUCCUGGAACUCUUCUUUGAAGAGCUCCUUGUAGAAGGCGACUGCACAGCUCCGUAUCUCUCCUGACUCCUGCAGCAGCUGCCCUGUGUCGGACCGCAGGGAGUCUUUGUUACGGCCCUGGCCGUAUUAUUAGUAUUAUGUUAUGGUAUUGGAUCCGUCUGUGGUGUGUGUUGGUGUUUUUUGUCCCUGUUCCUCUGCAGGAGUGUGCAGCUUGUCGAUUGUAGAUCUUUGACGGCAACCCGUAGGUCAGCUCUGACUGGUCCAUGCCGUGGGCUCGGCUGGUGGAGUGUCUCCUGCUGGUUGGUUCUCCCAGGGAGCCGCAACAUCCGCCGGGGAUUCAAAACGCCGCACCACACCGAAGCUCUUCGACAGAACCUUCAGCAGCAGCAUCCUUCUGUCCUCGGUUGUAGAGUGUGUGUUUUUGCGAUAGAGUGAAUUGUUAUGAUCUUAGUAGAUAGUGUUUUUGUAUGAUUGUGUUUAGUGAGUAUCGUAAGGGUGAGCUGCCAUUUUCUUUGUACUACUUUUCUCCUGUUUUUCAUUAGGAUAGGGAGUUAGGUUUAGUAACUGUAUUUUAUUUCUAUUGCAUAGGGAUUAGUAAGGAUUUUUGCUUAAGGAAGUUAGCCCUGUUUUGUUUGUUGUUUUGGCCUUGGUUCACCCUGAAGUUUGUUGCAUAGUCUUUGUUGCACUUUGUUUCACCUGUUUGUAAAUAAAUCACAUCACUUGAUUGUUAA